ACGUCAUCACAGGCGCGGUGCGGCAUGGGAAGCCCAAAGGCGGCAACUUGAAUCGCGUUCACUCGGCGUUAAACGCGCACGCACACAGAACGAAUAACCUCUUUCGCCUCUCUCCACUUCAUUUCGUCGAACAAACACAGUUCGCAGUCGACGCGCAAGUGCCGUGCGUGCGUGCUGUGGUGACGCUGCGCCCUGUCGCAAAUCAACGAGCGCGGUCGUGUUAAAGAGUUGCCUGGCGUGUUGCGGGGGGCUAGGCGAGGUGCAGGCCUCGCGUGUGAUUUUGUCGAACAAACACGUUCGCAGUGUGUGUGCUGGAAUUACUGAAAGGGUAACAACUAUACCGCUGCUGCUGCUGGAACGUUGCGGUCCGUUUUAAAUUGGGUUGGACCACAUUUUGAAUAACGAGUGUGGGAACUGAACUCUGCCGACAACAAUGGACAGCCUUGAUGAAGAAACGGUUGGAGACAUUUCAAAGGAAACAAAUGGAGUGAAGCAUGGCGUUUCUGCACUGCAGAAUCUACAAAAUCGACAAAAGAAACUCCUGGAUGAGGUGCAGAUGCUGGCCAAGCGCUCCCAAGUAUUCCAGGAGUUCCUGGCACCAGAUGUACCAAAUGAGACAACAUAUAACAAGGACGUUAGUGAGAAGAUUAUUAUGGAUUGUGACUCCGUCUGGAGGGAGGUGAAUGAAAUGCAAGCAAGAAUUUGUAUGCAAGAAGCCACUCCUGUGUCUCCUGAGAAUCCGAUUUUGGAUAUACUUUUGGCAAAGAAAUGGUUGCUGAAUGCUGAAGUUGAAAUUUCAACGGAAACAAAACAGCUGAUGCCUCUUAAGUAUCCUGAAUGCGCACUUGUGGUGGCAGAAGAGAAGCUUAAACAAGUUAUCGGUCAACUGGAGGAAACAUUGUCAUUUUAUAGGACCACAACAAAAGCCCUUGAGUCCGAACUUGAAAGAGAGAGGGCAUAUCUGGAAGAUCAAAAGAAAAUUCAACAUGCACUUAAAGAAAAACUGGCUCAGCUGGCUACGGAUACCACCAACACGUCAUCAAGCCAAGACCUCCCCAAAGAAAUGCAGGAGCGACUGCGCAAGGCUAUGCUGCAUUACAAAAAGCUGAAUAAGGCUCUCUUUGAGUUUUCAAAUGAAUUUUUCCCGCUGCCAACGGAAAAUGAUGUUCACGGCAAGAGGAAGAAGAAAUCUACAAAUGUGAACAGCACAAAAAACAUAGACUACAUUGCUAUCCACGAAAUACUGGAGUUGCUGAUCAACCAGAUGACAAGUUCUCCGCACGACCCAUACAUCACUGUGCAAGACAACUUCUGGCCUCCGUUUGUCGAGAAACUUCUCCGCUUCGACAUGGCGGUCACGCAUCCGGAGGAUCACAACAAGAUCCGCAUUCAGUUCUACCACGAGUAGCAUGGAGCAACACUGAUGAGGGCAUUAAGACUGCAUGCAUUUAAGUUUCCAUGCAACUGAUUGCUCAGGUCUGGAUGUUUCUGCAACCAGUUGCGAGUAGUUGCACCAAUCAGUUGCUUGCAGUAGAGACGGUCUACUUUCAAGUGAAUCUACUCAGAGAUUUGUAGUGACGUACUUCAUCACUUAUAUAUGUGCCAACAAAUAAUGAGUUGUUACAAUCCUAAUUAUGCUGUGUAUAAAGGGUUGGUAAAUUCACAAUAAUAUGACCAAUGGUAA